CAGUCGCCAAGCCUCAUUCAACUCGCUCUCAGCCACGGGUCAGCAGCUCAGACAGGCAACUUGUGUCUAUCCGGCUAGAGAAACCAGAGCAUCGCAAGGUGCACACACACAUAUAUAAAGGCACACACACUUAUCCAUUUACACUGUCACCAUACAGACAUGUGUGUCCUGGAACGUUGCAGGACUUUAUCUGUGGACCAGUGAAGAAGACUUCAAUCCAAGGAGAAGGACAGCAGGGACAACAGGGAGCAAGCAAGCAAGGAGCUGUAUCCCUGAGGAACUGCAACAAGGGGACUUCAAGAGAAGAUCACUGAAUCAAAAACUGAAGAUGACAACUGGAUAAACUUCGGCGUGUUUGAUGAUUUACGAAGGAAAGCCCUCCGUCAGCCCAAAGUGUAGAUUGGCUAUCAGUGACAUUCAGUGGACCUGCUGUGAGUGUCAGUCCCCCUCCCUUUACGUCAGGAUUCCCACCCUCCACAGGGACAUCUCUUGAUCAUCAGCAUGACUACAGCUUGCACAAGGUGCACCUUGGGAGCCUGACCCACCAUGUGCAGAUGGACGGCGUCCGUAACUCAUCUCUAUCCUGAGCCCACCCUUAACAGCAGCACGACUGCAGCCUCCACUGGACCCCCUAUCCCCCUGCCCAGUGCAGCCUCCCUUACCCUGAUAUGUGUCACCCUGCUCCUGGUCACCGCUGGCAGUGCCACAGGGGCCUGUCCUCCUCGUCCGGGGCACGAACCUCUACAGGUGCUUUCGAGCGGCAUCAACUGUUCAUGGACAUUGGAAAGGCACACACGCAGCUAUAAUCACUUGGAGGGUGACGUCAGACUGCGGCGACUUUAUUCGGCCAACAAGUUUUUCCUCUGCAUUGACAAAUCAGGAAAGGUGGAUGGCACUCGGCGGAAAAACUAUGCUGACAGCCUGAUGGAAAUCCGAUCCGUCAGUGUGGGAGUUGUUGCUAUCAAAUCUGUCAGCACCGGCCUGUACUUAGCUAUGUCCAAGAAAGGCACCCUCUUUGGAUCGGUGAAGUACAACCCAAGCUGCAAGUUUAAAGAGCGCAUUGAGGAGAACGGUUACAACACGUACGCCUCGCUCCGCUGGAAGCACGGUGGCAGACAGAUGUUUGUUUCGCUGAAUGGCCGUGGGAAACCAAGGCGAGGUCACAAAGCUCGACGAAGACACCCGUCUACUCACUUUCUGCCCAUGCUCCCCUCUUAAAGUGCUCAACUCUGAGCUCUGACCGGCAGCUGGACGGCUCAACUUGUGCUGAUAGCUAUGACAACAAUCUUUCCUUUUUUUUUAAUUCUUCCAUCCUCCUGACACAUAAAUGUAUAUUUGCUGAGAUCUGUAACAUUUGUAGUUAGUAUGAUAUAUACGUUUAAGUUAUUUUCCGCAUUUUCUAAUGAUGUUAAUAUAAUACAGUACAGUCCAAUACAGUAAAACAAUAUAAUCUUCAUCUGUGUCUGUCAGGUAACAGUAUCCACCUGUGUGUGUUACUGUAGAUGCAUGUAGAAGUGUUUCAGUGACAUUGUGAGGCUGUAAAAGAGCAGAAAAGGGUUAUAGAGGCUCUAAAACUGUAAAAAGUAUUAAAGCAUGUCUAACCCUAUAAAAAGCAUCUGAAUUUCUCAUAACACAUUUUUAGAAGUGCUAUUUCAGAUAUUAAAAAAAAAGCAAUCAGACAUUCUGAGGUAUUCAGCCUAUAAAAUUGUAAGUAAGUGCAACUUUUUAAAUAAUGUAUUAAAUGUUGUAUAUGCAACAGAAUAUAACAUAAUAUCAUACACUAUAUAAUAAUACUAUAUAUCUGCAGAUAUAGUAUUUAUUCACGUGAAGCAGCAUUUCAAAUAGAUGACAGCUGCUAAAAAUAGGCCUUUCAUAUAUAUAUAUAAUUUUUUUUUUUACAGUUUACAAAAAAAUGUACCAUUUAGAUGAUGUUUUUUUUAUUUCAUAAGGUUAAAUAUGACUCUACUGUGGUUAUAUAUUUACACCAUUUAAUCCCUAAGGACAGUAGUGAAUGGGUGUAAUGUAGAGGUUAACUGGAUAAAUAGGACUUCAAACCAAGAUCCCCACCUGAUUCAGUGCUAAAAAACAAACCUUUUCUUUGCCUAAAGGGACUCAACAAGAUGCGCUUACCUGCUACUGGAGUAUGUUUUUGAGCUUAGUAGCUCCACUGAUUCAAACACAUGUGAACAAGUAAACAUAUGGGACAAUGAGUUGGAUUUUCUCAGAUCCUCUUUGUAUGUGCAUAUUUUUUUUCUUCAUUUUCCCUUCUAUCAGCUCAUACACUAUCGGGUGUAAAGCAUUACCAGAAAACAUGAAGUGUCUCAUCUCUGAUGAUCUAGUAUUUAGAUCAGUUGUGAACUAAUUUAUUUACAUUUUGGAUCAUUUAAUGUAUUUCAGCAGCAGUAGUGAAUGGUUCAAAGGGAUUUUUUUUCAACAAACAAUGUAUGAUAUAUUUGUGAGAGAUUAGAGUCUUCCCUGCACAGUCAGCCAUCACACUUUAGAGAAUCAGGGAGGGAUCCUCAUGGGGAAUUAGGCUGACAAUAACUCUGAAUGGGAUAAGACACAUACUGCUCACAAUUAUUUCCUAUAACCUUAAAUAAUAAUAAUAAUAAUAAUAAUGAUGAUGAUAAUAAAAACCCUGGAAUAUCCUUUUAAUACAUACUGCCUCUCUGUCAAACCUUGCUAACACUAGACAACAUGACUGUUGCUAAUAGAGCAUCUAAUAUAUUUAAUACAUUUUGUACUCUUUAACGGUUUGAUGUUGAUGUUUAUUGUGAUCAUUGAUUUUUCUGUUGGAUUGUAGGGAAAAAAUAGAUGUGUUGAAGUCAAUAUCCACCUCAAUUUGUACGGUAUUGCUGCAGAACAUGGGAACAUUUGUCAUUCACUAUCAUACGCAGCCGUCAGAUUUUUGACCAGUAGGAGUUGGUUGUGUUCAAGGUCACGUUCUGAAACUGCUGAUGUCCAUUUUAGCUAAGUCUUUUGAGUGCCUUGGUCCAUGCUGAGUUUGAUAAACCUCAAUAA